CUGUUGCGUGACCCUUAUCUCGUUGGCGCCAAAGACCGAUACUUUGAAGAAGAAGAAGAAGAAGAAGAAGAAGAAGAAGAAGAAGAAGAAGAAGAAGAAGAAGAAGAGAGGCAAUGGCUAUAUGUGUUUCUGGGUCGCACACACUUUUUGUGAACCGUUCCAAUUUGAAGACUGCGGCGGUUAUGAGCAGAGAGAAGAAGAUGCGUGCCCAGUACGAUCUAAAGCAAGGGAAGAGUCGUAAUUUCCACGAGCUCCCCAGUGGUCUAAGCAUGGAGGUGAUUGUGCAAAAGGGUGCUGAAAAGAACACAAAUGUCGAAUACCCUCCUAUGGUUUUUGUUCAUGUAAGCUACUACGCUGCUCGGUGCUGGGCUGAACACUGGUUGCCCUUCUUUUCAUCUUCUGGCCACGAUGGCUAUGCUAUUAGCUUGUUAGGACAGGUACAUUCUCAAAAAGAUAACUAG